CUAGCGUGCUCUAUCCAUCUCUAUGGAGUCGCUGCACAUUGCACAACCGCAUUGUUGUUGGGGAAAAGAAACCAGGGGUAGCUUGCUAGUUACUGAUUAUUAGCCAGUUGGAAAAGGACAUUAGCUAGUAUUUGGUGGCUUUUCCGAAAUAUUUAUGUUUGAAAUAGAAUCGAAUUUGGAAUUUAGACAGUCGUCGUGGAUACCUCUUGGUAUCUUUCAAAUUUAUAAUUCAAAACUGCUCGAGCGGUGCCCGUUGGAUGAGAGGAUUGUGUGUGGAUUUACUGCUGCUGCUCUGCGCAGGCUACUUCGGCGCCAUUGCUUGCAAGCGCUGCUGUUUUCAAAAGCAGAAUUACUGAAAAUACAAAGGUUCUUUAGGUCUUCAAGAUGAAGAAAAAAGUACGGCAUCAUAAUCGCAUGUCCAUGCCCCAGAGGCCCCCCUCUCCCAUUAAACCCUCACCGAACAAGGAGACCUUGACCUACGCCCAGGCCCAGCGCAUGGUGGACCUGGAGAUAGAUGGCCGCGUGCACAGGAUCAGCAUAUAUGACAAGUUGGAUGUCAUCACCGACGAUGACCCCACGGCCCAAGAGAUCAUGGAGUGCAACAGCAACAAGGAGAACAACGAGAAGCCCCAGCUAGUCCUGGUGCGCUCGGUGAGACUCAAAGAUAACCAGCAGAAGAGGAGCACUGCCCUCACCACCACACAUGUCGCUGACCCGCAAGGGAGCGCCCUCUUGGAACCCAAGUUCCGCACUGUGGAGUACAACCUUCCCGCAGUGUCUCGGAGGCCCUCCAUCUAUUAUAUGUAUUGUGAGAAGACGGCCGAAGAGCUGGAUGAGGAGGUGGAAUACGACAUGGAUGAGGAGGACUACGCCUGGCUGGAUCUGCUCAACGACAAGAGGAAAAGUGAGGGUGUCAGCCAGGUGUCCCAGAACCUCUUUGAGUUCCUUAUGGACCGCUUUGAGAAGGAGUCCUUCUUUGACAGCCAGGGUCGGAGUGACCCCCAGUCCCUCAUUGACGAGGACGCUGUCUGCUGCAUCUGCAUGGACGGAGACGGCCAGGACAGCAAUGUUAUUCUCUUCUGUGACUCCUGCAACAUGGCCGUGCACCAGGAGUGCUACGGUGUUCCCUACAUCCCAGAGGGCCAGUGGUUGUGUCGCCACUGCCUCCAGUGCCCCUCACGGCCCGCUGAGUGUGUCUUCUGCCCCAACAAGGGUGGCGCCCUGAAGAAGACGGACGAUGACCGCUGGGGCCACGUGGUGUGUGCCCUGUGGGUGCCAGAGGUGGGCUUCUCUGACACGGUCUUCAUUGAGCCCAUCGACGGUGUCAGCAAUAUUCCGCCCGCCCGCUGGAAGCUCACCUGCUACCUCUGCAAGGAGAAAGGUGCCGGGGCCUGCAUCCAGUGCCACAAGGUUAACUGUUACACAGCCUUUCACGUCAGCUGUGCCCAAAAGGCCGGCCUCUACAUGAAAAUGGAGCCUUUCAAGGAAUUCACAGAGACCGGUUCGCCCACUUUCUCUGUGAAGAAGACAGCCUUCUGCUGCGCUCACACUCCUAAAGGGUGCACCCGGAGACCCCUCGCCAUCUAUGAGGAAGGCCACGCUAAAAACGGUGUCUGUCACAAGAGGGGUGACAAAAGAGGGAGGAGGAGGUUAAAAGGGUGGCUGAAGAAGAGUAAGAUGGUAGUGGUGGUGCCUGAGGUAGAGGAAGAGGCUCCUGCUGCACCUGGGCCUAGUAUAACCCCCAGCAGUUUUGACACAAUCCUCAAUCAAGUGUCUGUCCAGAAGAAGAAGGUGUUUGUGGAGCGGGUCCUGAGCUACUGGAUGCUGAAGAGACAGUCAAGGAAGGGCGUUCCGCUGAUCAGGCGGCUACAGGCCAACACCCAGGUCCCCAAACCAGAGCAGCUGGACAGCAGGAUGGAGGAUAAUCAAGCGAUGAAGGAGCAGCUAAAGGAAUGGCACCGCCUACGCCAAGACCUGGAGCGAGCUCGCCUACUGCUAGAACUGAUCAGGAAGAGGGAGAAGCUAAAGAGAGAGGAGAUGAAGCUCCAACAGUCCGUUCUGGAGGUACAGCUCACACCUUUAAAUAUUCUACUUCGAGCCGUACUGGACCAGCUUCAGGAGAAGGACCCAGCCAAGAUCUUUGCCCAGCCUGUCAGCGUUAAAGAGGUGCCUGACUACUUGGACCACAUCAAGAAGCCAAUGGACUUCUCCACCAUGAGGAAGCACAUUGAUGCACACGGCUACAAGAGCCUGGUGGAGUUUGAGGCUGACUUCGAUCAGAUCAUAUUCAACUGCAUGAAGUACAACGCCAAGGACACGUUCUUCUACAAGGCCGGUCUGCGUCUGCAAGACCGAGGUGGGGCCAUCCUCAGGAAGACUUGUCGGGAGGCUGAGCGAAUCGGCUUUGACUUUGCCAGCGGGAUGCACCUUCCUGAGCAGCCCAAGGUGGAGGCUCCUCCCCCUUUCUCUUGGGACGAUGUGGACCAGAUACUAAACCCAGCCAACCGGCAGCGCAUGUCUUUGGAAGAGCAACUGAAAGAGCUGCUGGAGAAGCUGGACAUGAGCAGUGCCAUGAAGUCCAGUCCGUCUCGCAGCAAGCGACUGAAGCUGCUCAAAAAGACCAUCACAGAUGUUCGCAGCGAGAUAUACCUAAAGACGCGACACCCCGCUGCCGCCCCCUCUGAACCGAAACCAGCAGAGACUGAGGAGAAACCACUGCCCCCCACUCGACACAGCACACAGGAAGAGGAAGGGGAGUCUUUGCUCCCACCGAAACUAGAGCCGUUGAACUCGUCGCCGCCACUUGUCAACUCAGACAGUCAUUCAGAACCUCCCAUGCUCAAGCCCAUCAAAUCCAAUGGGGACAAGACUUUCAAGUGCAACGGUGUCAAGACCGCUACCUCAGUACCCCGGGAUACCCUCAACGGGCACAACCCGCUGGUCUCCGACAGUCACCUUAGUGUUGGGGCCACCUCCACGCUCGCAGAGCCCUCUAGCAUGGGCAACAGGCGGACCAAUGUGCUCUUUCGCAAGUCCAAGAAUGCCAGCCCGCAGAAGCCCCCAAGGACAGCUGAGCACCAGCUCGGCUCCCCGCUGCUGGGAACCAAAACCUUCCUCUCAGUGGUCAUUCCUCGCCUGGAGACUCUCCUCCUACCCAGGAAGAGGACCCACAGUGCCUGUGGAGACUGUGACCAGGAUGAGGAGGAAUCCCCCAUCAAGCGUCUUGACACAGGACUAGCUAAUGGAUUUGUUGUCGAGCCGGAGCUUGAAACCAGCCCCAUUAGGCCGAUGGAGCCUCGAAGGCGCUGCACCUCCGAGUCCAGCAUCUCCCCUAGCGGCAGCGUGCUGUGUAGCACCAGCACGGUCAGCGUGCCAAAAAGUGGGAAAGGAAGGCCAUCCAUGGCACGUAGGAGCACAGUGGACGACAAAAACGCACUCAUCGCCUGUAUCGGAAAUGGGGACUUCACCAAAGCCGCUAAGAUUGCAGCAGAUCAUAGACCCCAAGCUGCAGAGGGUGGGGCGUCACCACCACGGGGUCUCCCUGCCCCCUCUGGACGUCCUCAGAGUCGGAGAACUGAUGCAGUCCAAGUCCGAAGAGAAACUCUUCCUCGUCCAAUUCUUCGACAACAAGCACAGCUGGCAAUGGCUUCCUAGAUCCAAGAUGGUUGCCUUUGGUAUCAAUAAGACUGUGGACAAGCUCAAACUGAAGGAGGGCCGCUCCUCUGGCAUCCGUAAAGCUGUGCAGACCGCCUUCCAGCGCGCCAUGAGCCACCGGAGUCAGGUCGGGGACCGGCCUAGCAGCGAGCCCUGUGAUGUGGACUGAAUCUGGUCAUGCAACCCCCUCACCUCUAGGGGGAGUCCUUCCUUAACUCUGUUUACUUGAUAUUCCACAGCAGCCCUGGUAUUCCUCACACCCAUCAUUGUGUUUACUGUCUCCUCUGUAGUGGACGAGCAGCCCAACGGUCUCUUGUUGCUGGUUUUCAUUCCACCUCGUGUCUUGAUUAUAUUAACUGAGCUGCUCAUGGGUAAAUGGUAUGACUCCACGCUGCGUAUGCUCCAUUUUAAUCUAUUCCAUUCUAAAUACUGUAGCUUGCAAUAUAUUCAAAUGAAUCAAUGAGCUAUGCAACUAAACUCAAGCAAUUGGGUUGGUGGCUGCAAAAACCUUCAUAUGGUUUCUAAGGACCGACUUGUGAAAAUCACUGGUCUAAUGUGAUGAAUGUGCCGGAGCUGAGUCUGUCUUGUAAUGUGCUGCAAGACUGCUGCAACCUUCACUGCCAUCAUGAUUCUCACACUCACUUCAAUCUACUCUCUGCAGCAACCCUGGAUUUAACCCUGUAAAUACCUGCACAAGGCCUGACACUAAUUUAUUCUGUUUUCAUGUAUUAUUGGUACUGCGUGUUCACUUUCUUGCUAUUUAUACUGCAGGGGUGAUUCAUGGCAGCACUAUGGUGCAUAUUAAAUAUUUGCUGGUGCUACAACCUGUGCAAGUCUAGGCUACAACAGACUCAACCAGGGGGGUAAAAAUAUACUGUAUUGAUUGAACGUUUUAUUUGUUUUUUUUAUUUGAGCUACUUUUUUUUACGGUUUCUUAAGUUAUCGAAGUUUAUGGAAAAGCUUCUCUUGGCAUUAAUGUGUUUUUAAAAACAAUGUUUUUACCGGACUUGGUGUGUUUUGUUUUUUUUGUACAUAUUUAUAUAAAUCUUUAUACUUGUAUGCAUCAGAUGCUUUCAGUGUUUAAAAAGCUGAACGUGCAUCAUUCACACACAACCAAAAAUCAGCUGCCCAGAUUUUCAUAUUAUUUUUUAUUUUUUUUAAAUGUAUUUUUUGUUGCCUUUUGUGGUGUGUGUGUGUGUGUGUGUGUGUGUGUGUGUGAGUGAUCAGUGAAUAACAACCUGCAAAACGUUGUCUUCGUACACAAUGGUUUUGACUGUGUUACAGGGACCAUGACCAUGGGUGAAUGUGCCUGUAGUAAUUUAUUGUAAAGGAGAAAUGUAUAUGCAUUACUUUAUAUAGAAAGAAUCGUAAGAUGCUAAUGGCUCACUAGGAGCCAGCUGUAGAGGCCCGUUUUGCAUUUUUUAUUUUUUACCAGAGGCACUAAUCUUAAAGGUGUGAAUAGAAUCCAUGGCAUUUUAUUCAGUUGGGAGGAUCUGGGGAGCAGUGGGUAGAAUUUUUUUUUUUUCUUUAUCCCAAAAUACAGUUUCGUAUGGACGUUCUAUAAAUAGACUUUACUAGUCUUAUUCUCUGGGAAAACCACAUUAUAGCCAAUGGAGUAGAUGCUGGCAAAGUCCAGUAUUUUUAUAAAACACUGAAAAUAAAAAAAAAUGUCAUUGAAUCACUGA